AUGGAUUCAUCUUAUAGAAAAACACGAACUAUCGAAUUACAAAAAAGGAAAGUAACCCAAUCAAAAAAUGUGUCUUCCUUAUCAGAAAGAAAGCUUCCUAACAUUUAUGCGCCAAAAGAUUUUGAUGAAGAUUCAACAAUAAUUGUUUGUAAUUUUCCUCAAACAACUACAAUUAAUGAAUGUAGAAAUUUUAUGCAAUGGAUAGGUCCCAUUAUAAAAAUUGAGAAGAUAUCAUCACUAAUGCAAGAAAAUAAUUUUGUUGUCGUCUUUUGCAAUCCAUAUUUUGCUAAGGUAGCACUUGAAACUCCUUUAUUAUAUGAAAACAAAACAAAACUCUUUACAAAAGCAGUUGAAAAAAGGGAUACACUUUGGAAAGGAAUUAAUGACAUGCUUUCAACCAAUAUUAGUUUUUUUUCAUAA